AUGUCCCUGGCGAGCCUGCGCGGAAGCGUCCGCCUCGAGGAGCCGGGCGUCGGGCAGUGGCGGCAGAGCGGGAGCCCGCAGCCGGCCGGGCCAGAAGGACAGCGGCAGCUCGCGACCGUCGGCCCCGCGCAGGCGCCUGUAGCGCGCGGCUCCACUUCCGUGUUCGACUGUCUGGACAACACGGGGGGGUCCUAUCAGGUGUUUCACAAGCAGCCGGUGGAGAUGACGACAUCGUUGCAGGCUGAGCCCACCGGGGUGUGGAUCCAGGGCAGGCGGAAUGAUCCCAACCAGUCCCUGGCAGACGCCAUCACCAGCGCGCCCAUCGCAGGCGCGCGGCGCGCCCACCGCGCUCCCACGGCGAGAAUCCUGGUGGAGCACGCCCCGCACGCGGACCAGGAUCCGCUGCUCGACGCCCUGCAGAAGUCGGCCGAGUUUGAGAAGGAGACUCGUUCGGAAUUGAGGAGUUCUCCGAGAAGGUCGUUGACCGCGCCCGCGCUGAGUGGGCCCAAGGCCACAGCCAGAGCGGUCACCGGCAGAGCCCCCCAGCAGCCCCUCCACGGCAGAGCGCUCCCCCGCGCCGCCGACGUCGCUGGUGGAGCCGACCUGUGCAUCGGCGGCGGCGCCGUCGGUGACGCGACCCAAGGGCUCCGCAAAGAGGCGCUGGCGCGGCGCGGAUGCAUCCGCGGUGCCGGCUUCACCGUUGCCGACGCGCACCGUGCCGGCGCCCGCGGGCACCCGCCGCCCGCCGCCCGGGCCGCCCGCCGGAGCCCGCAGCCGCACACCUGCCACCGCAGGUGGCCAGUACGCUUCGGGCCGCCCGCGGGCGGCUGCCGCCGCAGCUGCAGUCGGGCAGCGUGCCUGCGGGCCUCCCGCGAGCGACCCCCGCCGCGCUCGCUGCCCACCCCCGUCAACCGAGCGCACUUUGGGUGGUCUGUGGGCGCCCGCGCCCGCAGCCGCACCCGCAACGGGCGCCUGCCCCCGACGCCGUAUCCGCACCGCGCCCGCGCUAGCACCGUCACGCGCACCACCAUCAGCACCAUCAGCACCAUCUUCGACACAUGCGUCCACACCAGUGCCCACAUCAACAGUGUCCAGCGGUGCUCCGCCAGGCUGCCCGCGGUGCAUCGCAGCUUCCUCACACUGCUCUCUUGUGCGCCCGCUUUUGAGAGCGACUUCUAUUCGUACUUCGAGGCUGCAGCUGUCGCCGCCGCGCUGCCGCUCGGAAGAACCAUCCCGGAGCUGGGGGGCCGCAUGCUGGGCAUCAAAGGGCUAGCCUCGGCCUGCGCAUAUAAGGAUGCGGGCGCGCCGCCUCGUGUACCCGGGAAGCUCCCAGGCCCGCCCUGCAUCGUCGAGCCGAGAGUGGGCAGGAUGAGCCAAGUCCUGAUGAAGAGCUACACCUCCCAGUGUGACCUCUGGAGCCUGGGUGUCAUAGUCUUCAUCCUUCUCGUCGGCUACAUGCCCUUCAGCGGGAGCUCAGAGAGGGUCACCAUCGAUGCCAUUAAGACGGGGAAGUACGCCGUACGAAAGGACCGUUGGUCCAGGGUGACCCCGAUGGGAUUCGACUUUGUCAGGAACCUGCUCAAGGUGAACCCAGAGGAGCGCAUGACGGCCACCAGUGCCCUCGCGCACCCCUGGCUGACCACGAGGAGCGGCCUCGCAGAGCGCAGGUCGAGCGUGGACGAGAGCAUGGCGGACUCCCUGGUCGCCUUCGCGAACGAGUCGCGCUUCCGGCGCGCGUGCAUGCAGCUGAUGGCGUGGUCACUCACGGCCGAGGAGCGCGCCGAGGUGCGGGAGGCGUUCCUCGAGAUGGACAAGGACAAGACUGGCACCAUCAAGCUGUGGGAGUUGAAGCAGGUGCUCCUGGAGAGGUUCUCGAUGCCAGAGGACGAGUCGACAAAAGUGUUCAAGGCUCUCAGCAGCACCACCAACGACGAAGAGAUCCAUUACUCCGACUUCCUCGCCGCGAUGGUCGCGGGGCGCCUCCGGCUCCACGAGGAGCUGCUGGACGAUGUCUUCCGACGUUUCGACACGGACGGCACUGGGAAGAUCUCGCCAGAGAACCUCAAAGUGGUGCUCGGCGAGAAGACGCCGCUGGACGAGUUCAUGCGGGAGGCAGACACGGACCAGGACGGGUACAUCUCCUAUGCCGAGUUCAUCGCUUACCUCCGGACUGGAAAGGCGGACUCGGAGACGGACGCGCAGGUGCACAGGCUGAUCGAUUCCGAGCUCAACAAGUCACUCAAGUCACACGAAGUGCACGGGCGAAUAAGGAAGCGAGACCGCUUCAAGGGCUUCGUCAAGCACGUUUUCAGGGACGUGAAGGGGAACGUCAGAGAGUUCCAGUCUACCUUGUCAGGCUCCUCGCGGACACCUGGCUGA